AUGGCGGAGAAGCGGAGGGACUCACCGUGCAGCAUGCUAAGCCUCAAGGCGCACGCCUUCUCCGUGGAGGCACUGAUCGGUGCCGAGAAGCAGCAACAGCUUCAAAAGAAGCGGAGAAAGCUGGCCACGGAAGAGGCGGCGGGGGCGGUGGACGACGCAGGCUGCAGCCGUGGCGGAGGCGCGGGCGAGCACGGCUGCUCCGAGGCCGACGAAGAAGCGGCUGCCCCGCCGCCGGCAGCCGGGGCGGCGUCCGGGCCAGCGCGGAGCUGCGCGGACGCGGAGCGGAGCUGUGGCUCCCGCGGAGCGGCGGGCAGCUGUGAGGAUGGCUUCCUGCAGGGCGCCUCCCCGUUGGCGUCCCCGGGAGGAUCCCCGAAAGGGUCUCCCGUACCUGGCUUGGCACGGCCGGGGACCCCGCUGCCCGCGCCACAGGCCCCGAGAGUAGAUCUGCAAGGAGCGGAGCUCUGGAAGCGCUUUCACGAAAUAGGCACCGAGAUGAUCAUCACCAAAGCCGGCAGCACUGUCGAUGAAGGGCGCAUCCCGGCCCAGUUUCGUUUAGGUCUGAGAGAUCUUUGUAAAGUUGGGUGCUACAGCCGUAGCGAUCCGUGUUCUGGGUUAGGGAGUGAAUGCCCAGCCCCAAUUCUGAUAGUCUUGUCUUUGCCCUGUAGGUAUGUUUACCAUAGCUCUAAGUGGAUGGUGGCAGGAAAUGCUGAUUCCCCGGUGCCACCCAGAGUAUACAUUCAUCCAGACUCACCGGCCUCUGGGGAGACUUGGAUGAGACAAGUCAUCAGCUUCGACAAGCUGAAACUUACCAACAAUGAGCUGGAUGACCAAGGCCAUAUCAUUCUUCAUUCUAUGCACAAAUACCAACCACGUGUGCAUGUCAUCCGUAAAGAUUGCGGAGAUGAUCUGUCCCCCAUCAAGCCUGUUCCAUCAGGAGAGGGAGUGAAGGCAUUCUCCUUUCCAGAAACNGUCUUCACAACUGUCACUGCCUAUCAGAAUCAGCAGAUUACUCGCCUUAAGAUAGACAGGAAUCCAUUUGCCAAAGGUUUCCGAGACUCUGGAAGGAACAGAAUGGGUUUGGAAGCCCUGGUGGAGUCAUAUGCAUUCUGGAGGCCAUCACUACGGACUCUCACCUUUGAAGAUAUCCCUGGAAUCCCAAAGCAAGGUAAUUCAGGCUCCUGGGUCAUGCAUGCAGCCACUGGGAAUGCUGUCCCUGCUACACAUCCUCACCUGUUGUCUGGCUCCUCUUGCUCCUCUCCUGCCUUCCAUCUGGGGCCGAACACCAGCCAGCUGUGUAGUCUGGCUCCAGCUGACUAUUCUGCCUGUGCCCGUUCAGGCCUUGCCCUCAAUCGAUACAGCACAUCCUUGGCAGAGACCUACAACAGGCUUACCAACCAGAGCAGUGAGACCUUUGCCCCACCUAGGACUCCUUCCUACGUGAGCGUGAGCAGCAGCCCGUCUGUGAACAUGUCCAUGGGCGGCACUGAUGGGGACACCUUCAGCUGCCCACAGACCAGNCUGUCCAUGCAGAUUUCAGGAAUGUCCCCUCAACUUCAGUACAUCAUGCCAUCNCCGUCCGGCAAUGCCUUUGCUGCUAACCAGACCCACCAGGGUUCUUACAACACCUUCCGAUUGCACAGUCCCUGUGCCUUGUAUGGAUAUAACUUCUCCACAUCCCCCAAACUGGCUGCCAGUCCUGAGAAAAUUGUUUCUUCCCAAGGAAGUUUCUUGGGGUCCUCACCAAGUGGGACCAUGACUGAUCGUCAGAUGUUGCCCCCUGUGGAAGGAGUGCACCUGCUCAGCAGUGGGGGCCAGCAGAGUUUCUUUGACUCCAGGACCCUAGGAAGUUUAACUCUGCCAUCUUCUCAAGUGUCUGCACAUAUGGUCUGAUGAAGCCUUUAAGUUAAACGGNGUUGGAAUCUAGUGGAUCUUUCUUAUUUUUUAUAAAGCAAUAUAGGGAAAAUGUACACAUAGUAGGAAA